AUGCCUAGAAAAUACAAAAGACGAGUGGGAUCGAGGAGGUAUGCAGAUUAUACAGCCGAAACUUUGCAAAUGUGUUUGGCUGAAAUCAGAAGUGGUGACAUAUCACACAGAAAAGCGGAACAAAAGUAUAAAAUUCCAAGAAGAACAAUUUUAAAUAAACUCAAAGGUAACCAUUGCAAAAAACCAGGAAAGCAGCCUAUAUUCACGUCUCAAGAAGAACACCAAUUUGUCGAAUGCAUCGUAGCGCUGGGAGAAUAUGGGUUCCCUAUCAACUCAAGGGAAUUGAGACACAUCAUCAAAAAUUAUUUAAGUCGCUGCGGAAGGGAAGUGAAAACCUUUCACGAUAAUUUAUCAGGACAAGAUUGGACAAAUGCCUUUAUAAUUAGACAUCCUGAAAUUUCAAUACGUUUUGCAGAAAAUAUCAAACGUACACGAGCUGCAGUGGAUGAACCGUUAUUAAGAAGCUUUUUCGAAAACCUGGCUGGUGAGUUGAAGGACGUUCCUCCAUCAAACGUUUGGAACUUCGAUGAAACCAACCUCACAGACGACCCAGGCAAAAAAAAAGUCCUGGUUAAGAAAGGAACCAAGUAUCCAGAAAUUAUUAGAAAUGCAUCAAAAACAUCUAUCUCCAUCAUGUUCUGUGGUAACGCCGCUGGAGAACUGUUGCCUCCAUAUGUAGUUUACAGGGCACAUAAGAUGUGGACUACCUGGGCAGAAAACGGCCCAAAAGGGUGCCGUUAUAAUGCAAGUAGCUCUGGGUGGUUUGAUGCUAAUAUAUUCACAGAUUGGCUUGAAUGUCAGAUGAUACCUAGACUUAAAAAGAUCGAAGGAAAAAAAGUUCUACUGUGUGAAAACUUAUCCUCUCACAUAACAAUACAUUCUCUCGAUCUGUGUCGCAAAAACGAAAUACACUUAAUUUGUCUUCCACCCAACAGUACCCAUCUGACACAGCCACUUGACGUGGCAUUUUUUCGACCCUUAAAAAUUGCAUGGCGUCAAGUUUUAUCAGAUUGGAAAAACAGUGAAGAAGGUGUUCGAAAUACAAAUAUCCAGAAACAAUUCUUUCCUCCAUUGUUAUUAAAGCUGAUGGAAAUUAUUACGCCAUAUGCUGAGGCUAACUUAAAAGCUGGCUUCCGAAAGUGCGGUAUAUUUCCCUUGAAUAUCGAAGAAGUCCUAAGCCGUAUCCCUAGGAGUACUUGCAAUCCGGAUGUAGUUCAAUCAGCGUUUCUAGAAUCUCUUGAAGCGAAACGGACAGCGAUAACCAACACUACAACCAAGCGUAGAAAAAAGAUAAACGUUCCUGCUGGAAAAAGCGUUAGCGCCGAUGAAUCCAUAAUUACUGAAGAGACCUCGUUAGACGAGCUUACUGCUUCUUUUUCCAGACAGGAUGAAGAUGUAGUAUUUGAUGACAACUCUUCGGACGAUGUCAACUUUGAAGAGUUGGACAAAGAUCAACAGAUAGAAAAGGAAUUUAUGAGUUUUAUAGAAGGUCAAAAAAAUGAAUUUCAUUUUGCGAACGUGAUCCGAGAAGUGGGUCGUUUCGUAGUAUUCUCCUAUAUGGGACAAUUAUUCCCAGGGGAAAUUGUAGCUUUUGAUGACGAAAAAGUUACUAUAAACGCGAUGGAAAAGUCCCUUAAGAUGUGGAAAUGGCCUUCAAGACGCGACGAACUAACGUACCCUUGGUCUGACGUUCUAGGCGGCAUUGCUACACCCAAGAAAAUUUCCAAAAGAGGAACCUUCUCUGUUCCUGAGUUAACACCACUUUUUGAUCUAUGUUAA